AUGAGAAUCUCCCUUGCUAGUCUCGCCCUGUUGGGCGCUGGCGCGUCAGCCACGGCUACACACGAUUCAUGUCCAUGUUGCUCUGCCCUCGCCGCCGUCCCUCAACUUAAGGGAAAGAUCUAUGUUCCUGGGAGCAACGCAUACGACGCCCGUUUGAAGACCUACUAUUCAGCCAACGCCGCCCUCGAACCUUGGUACAUGGUUCUCCCCGAGACUACACAGGAUGUUUCCAAGAUAGCCAAGGUUAUCUCCAAGAAGAAGUGUCCGUUUGGCAUACGCAGUGGUGCACACUCUGCAUGGAAGGGCUCCAACGGAGUUGAAAAUGGCAUCACCAUUGAUUUCAGCUACAUGAACACUACCACCUACGACUCGAAAAAGAAGAUUGCGUCGAUUCAGCCCGGAUCCAAUUGGGGCCGUGUUUACGAGGCGCUCAACGAAUAUGGUGUCGCGGCUGUUGGCGGCCGUGCCUCUGUCGUUGGUGUUGGUGGCUUCACCACUGGAGGAGGGUACUCGUUCCAUUCCAACGCUCGUGGUUUUGCUUGCGAUGUUGUCGCCAACUUUGAGGUGGUUCUCGCUGAUGGUCGCAUCGUCAACGCCAACAAGAACCAGCACCCUGAUCUGUGGAAAGUCCUCAAGGACGUUGUUGACUCAAACAAGCUUUGGGGAGGCUUUGUUAGCUUCGACCUGUCGCAACGCGAUCAUGUGUUCGAGUCAUAUAUCGACUUUGCCGAAAACAUGCAUCUUGACCCUGUCUCUCAGCUGAUCGUUUCUGUCCAGUACAACGGAAAAGAGCGCAUCUUGAUCUCGGUCGUCUCCAACUCUGACGCCAUUCCUGCUGUCCCGGCUUUUGACGACUUUCUCUCUCUCCCAAAUGUUUCCAACACCCUGACCACGGGCAAGAUUGCGGACCUUGUCCCUCAGUUCACGGGUCCUACACCCUUGGGCCUUUAUGCCAACUGGAUGACUGGCAUGACCACGAAUGAUAUUCGGGUCAUGAAGUUUGUGGAUGAGAAAACAUGUCGAUUCCAGCCAUUCACUGAGUCCAUGGUGGCUCACUCCCGCAAGGCGGGCGGUAAUGUUCUCGGUCUUGAGGAUGUCGUCGCUGAUGGUCCUGCCCUCAACUGGCUCAUUGCUGUCACUGUAGACACGGCUGGGAACCAGAAAAAGAUUGCCCACUUGACACUGGAGUAUAGGAAUGCCAUCAACAAAUAUGCCACCAGCAUUGGCGCCAACAAGAACUGGGAGUACCUCAACUAUGCUCUGGGCGACCAGAAUCCAAUCAAACAUUAUGGAUCCGAGUCUGUCCGAUAUCUUCAGGCCGCCUCUAAGAAGUAUGAUCCUCAACGCGUGUUCCAGAAGCUAAGAGCCUCUGGGUUCAAGAUCCCCGGCAGAGGUUAA